AUGCCGCCCACGCUCGAACUCCAGAUCGAGCGCGCGGGCGAUGGGAAGAACUACCCGAAGAAGGGCGACAACGUUUCUGUCCACUACACGAUGAGGCUCAGCAGCGGGCGAGAGGUGGACAACUCGUACAAGCGCAAGACCCCGUUCCGGUUCAGGGUGGCGAGCGGGCAGGUCGUGAAGGGAUGGGACCAGGCGGUAACACAACUGAGCGUGGGAGAGAAGGCGACCACGACGUUCCCAGCAAACCUGGCCUUCGGCAGGACCGGACUGCCUGGUCUGAUCCCGCCAAAUCAAGACCUAAACGUUACUCUCGAGCUUGUCUCCAUCGAGACCGACGCGGACGUGGAGGCGAUGCUCACCGGGGACGAUUCUUUCGCGGUGGCGGAGUGA